UGACUGUCCCGUGAAACCUCCGUGUGGCUCUCCAUCAGGACUCAGCCCUGCUGCAAGCCGGCACCUCUCCUCCGUUCCCAUGGGGACCACUGAAGCCACACUCCGGAUGGAGAACGUGGACGUGAAGGAGGAAUGGCAGGACGAAGGUCUUCCCAGGCCACUCCCGGAAGAGACGGGGAUGGACCCGCUUGGCAGCCCCACAGAAGACACAUCCUCCCCUCCCAACACCCUGAACUUCGGCGGAGCUCACCGUAAGCGGAAGACGCUGGUCGCCCCCGAGAUCAACAUUUCGCUGGAUCAGAGCGAGGGCUCCCUGCUCUCCGACGACUUCCUGGACACGCCCGACGACCUGGACAUCAACGUGGACGACAUCGAGACCCCGGACGAGACCGACUCGCUGGAGUUCCUGGGGAACGGCAACGAGCUGGAGUGGGAGGACGACACGCCCGUGGCCGCCGCCAAGAACAUGCCCGGAGACAGCGCGGAUCUGUUUGGGGACGGCGCGGCCGAGGACGGCGGGGCCACCAACGGGCGGCUGUGGCGGACGGUGAUCAUCGGAGAGCAAGAGCACCGGAUCGACCUGCACAUGAUCCGACCGUACAUGAGGGUGGUGACCCACGGAGGGUACUAUGGCGAGGGCCUCAACGCCAUCAUCGUGUUUGCUGCCUGCUUCCUCCCGGACAGCAGCUCCCCCGACUACCACUACGUCAUGGAGAACCUCUUCCUGUACGUCAUCAGCAGCCUGGAACUGCUGGUGGCCGAGGAUUACAUGAUCGUCUACCUGAACGGAGCCACCCCGCGGCGGAGGAUGCCUGGCAUCGGCUGGCUGAAGAAAUGCUACCAGAUGAUCGACAGGAGGUUGCGGAAAAACCUCAAGUCCCUCAUCAUCGUGCACCCGUCCUGGUUCAUCCGCACCGUGCUCGCCAUCUCCCGGCCCUUCAUCAGCGUCAAGUUCAUCAACAAGAUCCAGUACGUGCACAGCCUGGAGGACCUGGAGCAGCUCAUCCCCAUGGAGCAUGUGCAGAUCCCCGAGUGCGUGCGGCAGUACGAAGAGGAGAGGCUCAAGGCCAGGAGGGAGAGUGCCAGGCUGCAGCCCGAGUUCGUCCUGCCCAGGUCUGAGGAGAAGCCGGAGGCGGCGCCGCCAGAGGACAGGCCUGUUCCAGCCACGGAAGAUCAGGAGACAAGCAUGUCCUGAGCUGACAAGACUACAAGGAAAGGCAAGACAGAAGAUUCCAGAUGCCCAGAAACCUCUGUCAGACGCCCUCCAGCCCUCGACCGCAACCCCCUUGUCCUGACGCCCCUGUGUCUGGAG